UCUGUCUGGCAGCGGUCCCGGAAGUGGGAGGAGGAGGUUGCGGUCAGUGCAGGCUCCCUCCUCGGCCGGAGCGGGUACGGGUGCUGCUGGCGACAUGGCCGACUCGGACCCCCGCUACCCGCGCUCCUCCAUCGAGGAUGACUUCAACUACGGCAGCUGCGUGGCGUCGGCCAGCGUGCACAUCCGUAUGGCCUUUCUCAGAAAAGUCUACAGUAUCCUUUCUCUGCAAGUUCUCCUCACUACAGUGACCUCUGCCGUGUUUCUGCAUUUUGAGUCUGUGCGGACAUUUGUCCAGGAAAGCCCAGCUUUGAUUUUGGUGUUUGCCCUCGGAUCUCUGGGCUUGAUUUUUGCAUUGACUUUGCACAGACACACACAUCCUCUGAACCUUUACCUGCUUUUCGCUUUCACCUUGUCUGAAGCUUUGACCGUGGCAGUUGUUGUUACUUUCUACGAUGUGUACACGGUGCUGAAAGCUUUUACUCUGACGACUGCAGUCUUUCUUGGCUUGACAGCCUAUACUCUACAGUCAAAGAGAGAUUUCAGCAAAUUUGGAGCAGGGUUGUUUGCUGUUUUGUGGAUUUUCUGCUUGGCAGGAUUCUUGAAGGUGUUUUUUUAUAGCGAAACAGUGGACCUGGUCUUGGCGUCUCUAGGCGCCCUUCUUUUCUGCGGCUUCAUCAUCUAUGAUACACACUCUCUGAUGCACAAACUCUCGCCAGAAGAGUAUGUGUUAGCUGCCAUCAGUCUCUACCUGGAUAUUGUCAAUCUGUUCCUGCACCUAUUAAGGUUUCUGGAAGCAGUUAAUAAAAAGUAAUUGAACAGUGUCCAGAGAAUUUUAUUAUGUAAAAAGUUUGAAUUAUCCUUAGAUAUUAAAAGCAUUUAUGAACUUU